GGUGCAGCUUCACUCAUGUUUUGUCUCUCUCUCUCUGUCUUUUUUCAGCACCCCUACCCUUCAGAAGAACAGAAGAAGCAGUUGGCGCAAGACACCGGACUUACCAUACUACAAGUGAACAACUGGUUCAUAAAUGCAAGAAGGAGAAUAGUUCAGCCCAUGAUUGACCAGUCUAAUCGAGCAGUAAGUCAAGGAGCUCCCUAUAACCCAGAUGGUCAGCCCAUGGGUGGGUUUGUCAUGGAUGGACAGCAGCACAUGGGAAUCAGACCACCUGGACUGCAGGGCAUGCUUGGGGAUUACCUGUCUCAUGGCGGUCCAGUGGGUAUGGGCAUGGUUCAACCGAGCUACAGCGCCCCCCCCCACUCUGCUCAGAUGCGACACGGGCCUCCUAUGCACUCCUACAUUCCUGGACACCCCCACCACCCAGCGAUGUUGAUGCACGGAGGACCACCACAUCCCGUCAUGCCCAUGUCUGCACCCAGCCCUCGCGUGCCCCACCCUGGCGAUCCCACCAUGGGGGGACCUGUCAUGGACAUCCACGCCCAGUAGUUUUUUAAGGGGAUUCUUAUAAAAAAAACUUGCGAGUUGCGAUUGAAAGAAGCUAAACUGUGAUGCAUUGGUGUGUGUCCCCCCCCCUACCUACCCCACUCCAACCCCCCCUCCCCCUCCCCCAUCGGGCAAAUGUGGCCCCCCAUUACAUAUUGACUUCUUGCAGAGAUUGAAGAGCUCUUCUCAUGGCAACAGAUUCGGACCGAGAGAAAACCAAUGUCUGCACUCUUUGGGACACUUAGAAACACAAGGUGCCCUUUGCAUAGGUUCAAACUGAGAGAGAAAAGAAGAGAAAAAGAGAGAGAGAUUGAAAUUAUUACUAUAUCAACUCCUAGAGGGAGGGAGGAGGACAUAUUGUAUACUGUUGUAAAAUUGCUUUGGACUCUCAAGAGAACUGAGAACUGGGAAUUAAGUAUUGUAAAUGCUAUCGUAUUGUUCUGCAUAUUAUGUUGUUUCUAAUAGAUUUUUUAAAAAAGGAUGUGAACUUUUUUCUUUCCACACUAUGUGUGUGCCAUCUCCAUAGACCUCUGACUUCCUACCCCUAUCACCUUGCAUUUAAAAAAGAAAAACAAAAGUAUGUGAAUAAAUCAAAAAUUCGUUGAAAAUCA